AUGCAACUCAUCAAACCUUCCUGGCUGAGCCAUAGUGGCGAGCAGAAAGAUUUCGAGGUCUACAGCUGCCAUGUCUCGCCCGAUGGCUCGAGGCUGGCAACUGCUGGCGGUGAUGGGCACGUCCGAGUCUGGUCGACUGAAUCAAUUUACAAUUCCAACGACAAGUCCUACACGAAACCGCGCCAGCUCUGUCAUAUGAGCCACCAUCUCGGCACCAUCCACUCCGUGCGAUUCUCUCCCAACGGCCGAUACCUUGCAUCCGGCGCAGACGACAAGAUCAUAUGCAUAUACCAUCUGGACAGCAGCCCUCCGUCGCAAACUGCCACGUUCGGUACCAACGAGCCCCCGCCUGUCGAGAACUGGAAGACCUACAAGCGGCUCGUGGGACACGACAACGACGUGCAAGACCUCGCCUGGUCAGACGACAACUCGCUGCUGGUCUCCGUGGGCCUGGACUCCAAGGUGGUAGUCUGGUCGGGACACACAUUCGAGAAGCUGAAGACGCUCGCGGUGCACCAGAGUCACGUCAAGGGCAUCACAUUCGACCCGGCCAACAAGUACUUUGCGACGGCGAGCGACGACCGCACCAUUAAAAUCUUCCGCUUUACAUCACCGGGCCCGAACGCCACCCAGCAUGACAUGGUUAAUAACUUUGUUCUGGAGACGACGAUCUCGGCACCGUUCAAGAGCUCGCCCUUGACGACGUACUUCAGGCGGUGUUCCUGGUCACCAGACGGCAAUCACAUUGCGGCUGCGAACGCGGUAAACGGUCCUGUGAGCUCCGUUGCCAUCAUUGAGCGGACGAGAUGGGACAGCGAGAUCAACCUGAUCGGGCACGAAGCGCCAACGGAAGUUUGCAUGUUCUCGCCGCGUCUUUUCUACACAAGGCCGCCCGCCGAGAAGGGCGGCGCGGACGCCCAAGGGGCUGGUAAUCUUGUCACGGUCAUCGCUUCGGCGGGCCAAGACAGGACAUUGAGCAUCUGGAACACCAACACCUCGCGACCAUUGGUCAUCCUGCAGGAUAUCGCAUCAAAGUCGAUCUCCGACCUCUCCUGGACUCCCGACGGCCAGACUCUAUUUGCUUGCAGCCUGGAUGGAAGCAUUCUCUGUGCCAUAUUUCAGAGUAACGAUCUGGGAUAUGUGGCCACAGCGGAAGAGAACGACAAGGCUCUGCAGAAGUACGGAGGCGGUCGCAAGGGUAUGGGUGUUGCUGAGGACGUAGAUGGGCUUGCCCUGGAAAACCAGAGCAAAGCUGGCGAACUUCGAGGGGCCGAGUCAAGAAUGGGUGCGCUGAUGGGCGACUUUCAACCUGUUCCAGCCCGGGAGCCGGCAGCCGCUACGAAUGGCACAAGUACGAACGGAACUGCGGAAAAGACUGGCGAUAAUUCGAGGGAAAAGGACAAGGACAAGGAAAAGGAGGAAAAUGCCGACAAGACAGCGGAGAGGAUCAAGGAGCUCAAGUCCAGAGUCACGAUCACUAAAGACGGAAAGAAGCGGGUCGCACCUCUACUGAUCUCGUCUUCUGGAACUGGCACCUCGUCAUUACCACAGACACAACUCAUAGGAUCGAAAACAGUCACCACUCGCGAUGACACGCCACAAGCGAUCCUCGACCUAAACAAACCUUUCGAUGGACUGCCCCAGGGAGGCAUUGCGUCCAUGCUGCUUGGGAACAAACGGAAGGCCGCAGUUAUUGAUGGCGAAGACGAGGACGAGCCCGCGCCGAAACGACCUGCGUUGGGUCUGCCUACACCAGUCAUGACGAAUGGCGUGGACGGUCUGGAACCGGCUACCCUUCAGCCACCUGUACAUGGGGUAGUGCCAACACCGGAGUUCUUGCGGCCAGCGGUCAUGAGCUCGGCUUUGACUGUAUCUCAAGUCAGGCUGGCAGUGCCCAAGAUCAGAUCUCACAUCCUGAGACCCCUAGAGCGAGGCGUAUUGCAGGGACAGAGCACCGCGGAGGAAGCAUCCAAGAUACCAGAGAACAUCAUCUUGGAGGCCAAGAAUCCUGCUCAGAUCAGGGAUCCUUCACACGUUACCUGCUCAAAGAGAGGGACACUGUUAUGGGAGGACUUUUUACCACGGGCGGUGAUACUGGUCACUGGCAACAAGCAUUUCUGGUCGGCAGCCUGCGAGGACGGCAGCCUAUACGUGUGGACGCCAGCGGGUCGGAGAAUUGUCAAUGCGAUGAUUUUGGAGUCACAGCCAGUCAUCCUCGAGUGUCGAAACCAUUGGCUGCUAUGCAUAACAGCCUGCGGCCUUGCCUAUGUCUGGAAUAUUCGGUCCAUGACCUCGCCACACCCUCCCGUUUCCCUCGGUCCCAUCAUCGAUCUCGCCAUCACCUCUCUCAAUCCACACUCCGCGACGCCUGGCCCUGGCGUCACUUCCGCACACCUCAACUCGACAGGCCACAUCGUGGUCACGCUCUCCAACGGCGACGGGUAUUAUUAUGCGCGGGAGAUGUACACCUGGCAACGGCUGUCCGAGACCUGGUUCGCUGUAGGCAGUCAGUACUGGAACAGCAAUGACUCCUCCGUAAGCGCCCUUCAGUCAACGGCCGUGGGCCCCGUCACGAAACCCAAAGACGCCAAGAAGGACGACAGCGUGGAUGUUUCGGCGGGUAUCAUUCCCUACCUGGAGCGCCACACAACAACCGAGUUUCUGCUCAAGGGCCGUGCCUACACCCUGCAACGCCUCAUCAAGACGCUGCUGUCCAAAGAGGGGUUCGAGUCCUUUGAGAGUUCCGUGUCGAUCGCACAUCUAGAGAAUCGCAUGGCGGGCGCAAUGGUACUUGGGGCCAGGGAGGAGUUCAGGCUGUACCUGUUGAUGUACGCCAAGCGUAUUGGUGCCGAGGGAUUGAGGGGCAAGGUUGAGGAGCUGUUGAAUGGACUCUUGGGCGGUAUACUGCAUGAUAAGGAGGAUGGCGAGAAGAAAGCCGAAGAUAUUGAAGGGAAGCCAUUCGGAUGGUUCGCCAAGGGGGAUGAGAUUUGUGGUUGGGACCGGAGGGAGUUGCUGAAGGGAGUUGUCAUGAUCCUGGGCAAAUUCAGGGAGCUGCAACGUCUUACGGUGCAGUACUCCCGCGUCCUGGGCCUCACGGUCGAGGAGGAAGAGGGCGGCGACGGGAAUGGGGAUGGGGAUGCAAUGGCUGUUGAGGCUACAUGA